GACGGUGGCCGACGAGGUCGGACAUGGAUCGUCUGGAGUGCUGCGCGUGGGUCCUUAGGGGGACCCUGGUGCGGGCCGCGGUGCGACGCUACCUGCCUUGGGGGCUGGUGGUGUUCAUGCUGACGGGCUCCCUCCUCAAGGAGUUCUCUCCGCUGCCCGAGAGCUACCUCAGCAACAAGCGUAACGUCCUCAACAUGUAUUUUGUCAAAGAAGCCUGGACUUGGACCUUCUGUCUCCUCCUGCCUUUCAUUGUCCUCACUAAUUACCACCUGACGGGCAAGACAGGGCUGGUCCUGCGGCGGCUGACCACCCUGUUAGUGGGCACGGCCAUCUGGUAUGUCUGCACGACCCUCUUCUCCAGCAUCGAGCACUACACGGGCAGCUGCUACCAUUCGCCAGCCCUGGAAAAGGUCAGGAAGGAGCCUCAGAGCAAGCAGCAGUGCCACAGGGAGGGAGGGUUCUGGCACGGCUUUGACAUCUCAGGCCAUGCUUUCCUGCUGAGCUUCUGUGUCCUCAUGAUUGUGGAGGAGAUGGCCGUGCUGCAUGAAGUGAAGACGGACCGAAGCCACCCCCUCCACACCACCAUCACCACCCUGGUCAUCGCCCUGGGCACCCUGACCUGCAUCUGGGUGUUGAUGUUUCUGUGCACAGCUGUCUAUUUUCAUGACUUUUCCCAAAAAGUGUUCGGGACCCUGUUUGGUCUGCUGGGCUGGUAUGGGACAUACGGAUUUUGGUAUUUGAAAUCCUUUUCCCCAGGACUUCCUCCUCAGAGCUCUAGUUUAAGUUUGAAGCAAGACAGUUACAAGAAAUAAAAGAUACCAAAGGGACAGCAGCAGGACAAUGGC